AGGAUCAUGAAUGAGAGAGAAAGAAAGGAAUGCUUUUGAGAAUAAUGUCUUCCUUAAUCCAAGUUAAACAUGAAGUGGAGGACUGGAGUUUUGAACAGGAUGUAGAGGUUCCAUCAAGGAGAGAUAUUCUGUCUCUGAAUUAUAAAGAACAUCUGACUCCAGAAAGCCAGAAAAUUAAACUGUCUCCUCUGCAACAUCGUCGAAAGCAAAGGGAGCAGUAUCGCAGCAAUGUGGAUUCACUGCGGGAGCUGGCUGCCAUUCUGCCCUUGCCUGUACAGAAACAGGAGAAGCAUCUCACAAAGAAGGAGGUUCUGAACCAGGUUUUGCUGUACAUCGCAUUUCUUAAUAGGCACAUCAGCAAUGUUAAGUCCCUGCUAAAGAUCCAUUCUGUGGAGAUAGAUGAAAAUGAAUGCUGCUUAAACAGAGUGGAGUCUACGAGUACAGAGGAGGCUGUUCAGAGUAAUACAGAAGAGAUAAGCAGUCCUUCCUCAUCUCCAAGCUUCAAGAAAAUGAGGCUGAGGAAUAUCUGUCCCAAAUCUAGGAAAAAGAAGUGGGUGGAAAAAACAGAAUGGCGACAGAUGCUGAAAUCACGCUGCUACCUUAACAGUGAGCCAGCCCAUGAGACCUAUCUGCAAUCAGAGUUUCAGCAUGAGGACAACCUGAUGUGGCAAGGAACGUUGUUAGAUACUACGUCGUCCAGCUCCUGUUCACAGGACAACACAGACGACCCCCAGGGCUGCACUUUGUACCUUACUUUGUUGGAGGUGGUGGAUUCAGGAGAUCUCGAAAGUUUCAGCCUCAGCAACUUGGGGAAACAUGAGAUAUGUAUUGGCACAAAAUACUGUUCUGAAAACGAUGAGAGGAAGACGGAUUUCAGUCAUGAUUCCAGCUUAUAUGACCCACCAGCCAGCCCUUCAUGUCCAAGUCUGAAGAAUCAGAAACUGGUUCACUACCUCUCGUCCCAUGAUGAAGACGAUGAGGUUGACCAGAGUCCCUGGCUUCCACAAGAGUCCCCGCGAGGAGCAACGGAAGUUCAUUCUCCAGUCAGUGACUCUCUAAUGACCCCAGGGCUUCAGACUUCACUUGGCUUGAGUCCUUCUCUCUUUUCAUCUCCGGGACGGCAUGUUCAACUUCUGCAAGAUGGAAAGGAAAACCUGACUCAAGCCUUAUUUGGAACGGUGUGCCUUAGCCCAGAGUUCCCGGUGACCAGGCCUGGAGACUCGAAGCACUCGAAUGCCUGUCAAACCCAGCAAUUACCCAGCAGUUACUGGAAUGCUUCUUUAAAGGAUGAUCCAGACCAAACUGUGCCAGAAACUCCGCUGAUCACCUCCGGCUCCUUCCAGUCAACCUUCAUUUUCGACCACUGCUACCUCCCAUACAGUGAAACGAGCAAAUCCGAGUCCAGCCAGGCCGAUAGUACGUCCUCAGGGGAGAAUUCAUGCCAGAUCUGCCCAAGCGCAGAGAAGUGGGACAGACGUCUUCAGCAGGAGAACAGCAAUGAGAGCGAGCACAGCCUCUCCUCCAGCGACGACGUUGAGAGUAAUGACCUCACCUGGACUCCAUACUACACGGGGAGCCUUCCACAGCGAACCGCUCCCAGCAAGCUGAAGCAUAACAAGAACAUCGACCGCGGCAAGCAGCCCAGGGUGCGCAGGAAGCGGUGCUGCACGCUCCAGCUCAAGAAGAAGUGUGUCAAUGGCUUCAUCAUGUUCUGCCGCGUUAAUAGGAGGCUGUAUAUCAGUGACCAUCCUGGAACUGCCUCUACUGUUGCUACUAAAGCUUUGGCACACGUGUGGCGUACCAUGUCGAAGAAUGAACGGCAACCCUACUGCAUCAAAGCCCGGGAAUUCAGCAAAAUGAAUAACCGCAUCGUCAAGCUGGAUAGCUCGUCGAGUGAAGAGAAGGAAGAGGUGGAGAUGCCCGAACCUCUCCACCUCCUGUAAGACAUCUCCCUUCUUUUGAGCAAAACAGAAGCAUUGCUGUUCUAAAGCAACCCGAACGACACAAGACCAUAAAUGAGUCCCUUGAGCUGGAAGGGCCUGCUUCACUCGAAAGCUCAGCAAACUCAGUAUGUCCAACAUGGAUCUCCAAGACUAGUUUAAAAUCUGGAAAAUCAUUGUGCAUUUGAAUUUUUGUCAAUGGUUAACUAUGGAAAAAACAUCUACCUACAUAUUGGGAAAAAUAGAAGACAUGGACUAUAAUACUAAAGUUCAAAUGAAUGAUGGCCCACCCAAAGAAGUGGAUGGCUGUGACAGUGUAUAGUCCAGAAGAACUUGAAUUUGAAGCCAUUUUCAGUAAUAUUUGGUAGAACUUUGAGUUUGUAUUUGAAGUAGCCGUGUACAUCAAGCUUGCCUAGUUUCGAUGUUAAUUGGAGAACUUUUGUUCCUGGCUUACACUUUCACGUCAUCAGCCUGACAUUAAACUUCUGGUUUUGUCUCUGUGGCCAGCAUUCUUUCCUCUGAGUCAGAAGGUUGUGGCUUCCAGUCUCAUUCCAGAAACCUGAACACAGUUAACAAGGUUGACAGGGUUAAUCAAUCCAGUAAAAGAAAGAAGGAUUAAGCACAAAAGAUUCUGCAGAUGCUGGAAAUCCAGAGUAUGCUGGAGGAACUCAGCAGGUCGGGAAGCCUCUAUGGAAACAAAUAAACAGUUGACAUUUUGUGUUGAGUCCCUUCAUCAGGGGUGAGUCCCACCCAGUCAACUGUUUAUUCCCCACCCCCCAUAGAUGCUGCCUGACCUGCUGAGUUCCUCUCGCAUUUUGCGUGUGUUAAAAAGAAGUGUUAGAUUGAGUGAGUGCUACAUUGUCGGAAGUGCUGACUUUUGAUGAGAGGUUAAGCUGAAAUCUUGUCUGCCUGUGCACAUAACAUAUAAAUGGCUUUACUCUGGGGGGAAAUAAUGAGGGGCCAUUAACCUGGUAUCCUAUCCAAUAUUCAUAUUCGCCGCUAACCUCAUUAAAAUACAUCAUCUACUCAGUGCUUUAGUGGUGUCCGUGGAAGCACAAAUUAACCACUAAUUUCCAACAGUGACAGCAAUUUUCUAGAGUCCUCCAGGUUGUGGAAAUGCAGAGCAACACGCACAAAAUGCUGGAGGAAUUCAGCAGGGCAGGCACCAUCUAUGGACAUGAAUAAACAGUCACCGUUUCGGGCCAAGAUCUUUAUCAGGUCUGAGAUACAGUCAACUGUUCAUUUCCCUCCUUAGAUGCUGCCUGACCUGCCGAGGUCCUCCAGUAUUUUGUGUGGGUUGCUCUAGACUCCUCUCAGACAUUUUGAAAGGCAUUAAAGAAACGCUAUUUAGAUUUCUUCCUAAUCUAUUUGGAUAAUUGCAGUCUCUUUAUAUGACAAGUAAUGACAUCAUCUCCUUAAAAUUCCUUGUGGUCUCUUGGACUUCAACCAGACGUAUCCUCCUUAUGACUGAAUGAUCCAACCUGAGGGAACUUAUGGGUAUUUCUCAGCCUUCUGCUUCUUGACAUGAGUGGGCAUGAUAUCAGCUCGGCAGUAAAUUCCGAUCUCACUGGCAGACCGAUGUGUGGAGGCUGCUGUGUGGAGUGGACGGUGUUGCCUGCAACCCCAGAGUAAUGGAAAGCAGGAAAUGCUUGCACAUUGGAGUUUGGGGCUGUAGUGUCAGUAACCAGGAUGCAAGUUUUACUCAGUCUUCAAUCACGCAGGAAUAUUUGUUUCUGACUCUGAGUGACCAAAGCAAAAAGGUAUUCCAUUCACAUAUUUAUUGUAACACAGAAUUUGCAGAUAAACAUAUUGUUUGAACUCCAACGCUAACUGCAGGAAAUUCAGCAAUCGUUUGAUAAGAAUCAGUUCUGGUUCUUAUUAAAAGACAUCACUUGACCCUUUCUGCAAAUAGUGCAGUUUGAAUUUAAUGUUGAAAACUGUAUGUAACUCAGUGCUUUAAUUAACUAAGCCAGAAAACAGAACAUGAUGAAGAUGUGUCAUCUUUCAGACACUUUCAUUUUGUAAGGACUGCAGUUGGGAGCGACUGUGUGUGUCUCUUGUCGUCAGCUGCACAGAUCAAUGCCAAUCGCUUUGUCCUGCAUACUCAGCAUCAUUCUCCUAAAGACCAAUCCCUCAUAGUGACCUGCUGGCUUAUUGUACUUACGCUGUAACAGGAGAAAGUGAUUAUUGAGAACAGCUUCACUUUUAAGAUCGGCCCAUUGCCUUUACAUGGUGGUUUAAUGUUACCGGCCCACCCCAUGCACCACUUUGCUG